AUGAAGACUCUGACACUGCUGGCGUGCGUCUGUGCACUGAGUGCUUGCUUCUCACUCAGUGAGGGUCGAAAAAAGCCAUGGAAAACACAGCACAAAAAGAAUUAUGUCCAACAACAUAUAUUAGACCACCGAUCACCACUGCAUCGAAAAUUUCAAUAUAACUGGAAUAUGUUACUUCAAAGGCAUUUAAUUUUUGGUCCAUACAAAUACCCAAAGCCUUCACAUCCAAUCAAGAGAAAGCCAAAGCCAAAACAUCGCCAGCCACCUAGGUGUCCAGCUAAAAAUAACACCGUGGUUAAUAACACCACCUCAGGGGCUACCACUCAAAUCCCAUCUUUGAGUCCCACAUCUACUUCCAACAAAAUUACUGAAUCUCCAGGUGUGACUUCUCUUAUUCAGAAUGCUACCACCAUAUAUGUAAAAGAAAAUAACACAGGCUCUCCUGCAGUUACCCCAUCACCUCAACCUUCCCCAGCUUUGCCAGACACCACAGCUGCCCCACCGACAUCUUCUCCACCUCUGCCAGAGCCUACAGCUGCCCUAUCUACAUCUUCCCUAACUACACCAGCACCACAACCUUCCCCAGUUCCACUGAAUAACACAGCUGCCCCAAAUACUACACCUAAUCCUUCCCCAACCACUCCUGCACCUGAAACUUCCCAAACUACAACUGCACCCACAACGCAAACUACCACUCCAGUCACUACUCAAAAUACUACUGUUGAACAAAAAACCUCACCUUCCAGCCAAAAUGCAAAUUCUAAAUUCUGGCAAUAUAUUAAUAAUAUAAUAAAGUACAUUUCUGGUCGUACACCAAAGAAAUAG